GAUGGGGGAAUUGAAUUUUCAUCAGCACGAACAUCUCAGUCAUCUUCGAUUCGUAGUUGGGAGAGAUUCGUCAUUUUGGUGUGUACCCUUUAAAUCCCGGAAGGAAGGUGUCAUAUUUUGGGUCAAAAUACUUCGGUAUUCGUCCAGGAGUGUAUGAAAAUAGCACACUCUGGAUCCAGCACAUGGCGACUGCAUUGAGCAGAACAAGAAUAUCCGCAUGGCCUGCUAGGUUGUGGUGAAAAUAUACCGGUGCACGGCAGCGUGUCACGAUCGGCUCCUACCUUCAGCAGAGGUGUCAGCCAUCUUUGAGGCGAUCGUGUGAAAUGAAAACUGUGAUUAUCUUACAGCACAGCACGGUGAUGUGAGGAAUUUUUCAGAUCUUUGUAUCGUCGAUGAACUUUGCUGCCAAACAUUCGGAAAACAGAAGGAAAUUACAAUCGAUUAAACAUACCGUGGAUAUCAUUGUUCGAAAGUGGAUUUUUAAACUCGCGAACCUAUCCCACUCGGAUAGGAAAAUUUUAUGCAGAUAAACGAAAUUGUAGUAACAUUUUUGUACAUCCAGAACAGAACAGGAAAGGUGAAGUCAAACUACGACGGCGAAGGGAAUUGCUAGAACAUCGGUGAGCAGUCAGCGCAAAGAUCAACUUCACUUAGGCCAUUUUGGCUAAAAAUAGUGAACGACUAUUUUUAGUUUAACAACACUCACUCAUACUGGCCUUUGGAGGAGACGCGUGCUCCGUUUAAUCUAGUCAGCGGGGAGCACAAGCAAGAGUGUUUAAAGAAUAACACAUUGGGCAUACGUUCGGAAAAUUAAUGGCCUACUGCGAUCGUGGUCAUAGCCAGAACAAGGUGUGCUGCGCCGAUCACAGAUCAUUUCGGGUAUCAAAUUUACGGCUGCGAAAAAUUGUUGUUUGAAAGUAGCCGUCCCGAACCGAAAGCAGAAAUAGUGUAUGCUAAAAUAAAACAAAUUGAAAAUCGCUGUGAAAUUCACCCACAGAAGUGCCCAUGUAAAUGCCAGUGAAGUGGAAAACAAACCAAAAGGAAAAAAACAACGGGGAAAAUUGUGUCGCGUUGAUGAAAUGUAACGAAAAUAAAACACAUCACACAAAUCGGAGUCCGUCGUUGCGUCGUCGGGAGUAUCCGGAAGACAGUUUGAGUGAGUGAGUGAAUUUCGACUUUUCGUGAAGUACAGAGCCUCUGCCAGAGAGCAUUUGUUUGAAACUGCGAAGAUAUCAAAAGACAAGCAACGUGGUACCGUGACGUAGAAGUAUCGGUGAAUAGAGAGCAGUUUGGACGAUCACUGGCAUUUUCAGGUGAUCAUGGGCCUGGAAGGUGUUCAAACGCGGCAAAAUGGUGCCAACGGAUUGUACUCCUCAUCACUGCAGUGGUACUACUUGCCAAAUGUGGACCAUUCCAGUGAAUCCAUGCAACCAAACUCAAAACUGUUACAAAGCCUCUGGAGCCCUUUCCCCACUUCCCAGAGUUAUUCCAACGGAACCAACGAAUCUCUUUCUCCCCUCGCCGAUAAUAUCAACGACCUGUGCGACCAGUUUACCGACUUAACCCUUUUUGGACUCGGUCAAAAUCAAAAUCUCUCGUCUCAUCAGCUGGGCAGCCCCACCGGCUGCUAUUCAAAUGCUUUGGAUUGCUUGUCUGGCUAUGGGGCACGGGAUGGAAUUCGAGGCGGUGACUGCAUGACCGAGGGUAACCGGAUGAAUGGGUUGCUCAGGAAUGGAAGCGCCGGUUAUUCGGAUGAAUGUGGAUCAAUGGGUCAUCAACAUCAUUUGCAGCAACACUAUCAACAGCACGCGCUACUUCCUUUGAAUAGUCAGCAAAAUCAAAAGUACAGCAAAAUUCCUCCAGCCAACUAUCUUUGCCAUUUGUGCUUCAAAAAAGGCCACUACAUACGAGAUUGUCCACAGGCUCGUCCGAAAGCUGAAGGCAAAACACCAUACCAAGGCAAGAAGCGCUGCUUUGGGGAAUACAAGUGCCCGAAGUGCAAACGGAAGUGGAUGUCUGGAAACUCGUGGGCAAAUCACGGCCAGGAAUGCAUUAAAUGCCACAUCAAUGUGUAUCCGCAUAAACAGAACUCCCAUUCUUUGCAGCGACCGCUCGAGAAACCAGACGGCUUGGAUGUGUCCGACCAGUCCAAGGUUCAUCCGCAGCUACUGUGCGAAAAGUGCAAAACUCUCGGCUACUAUUGCCGAAGAAUUCAGUAGCAGUCGAAGCAUUUCAUUGAAUUUUGUUUUUGGUGUGAACGAAACGGUCAAUUAGACAUUUAUACUCGAUGAUCCGUUUUACGAAAGUGCCUAUGUGUUGUGUUACCCCUAGUCCUGUUUUGAGCAUUAUUCUCAUCUCUUCCAAAAAAAGCCAUUUUAACGAACCCGACACAUUUUAUACGUGAAAAUACUUAUGUGCCUUAUACUAUUGUUUAUUUAACGAUCGAAUAUUAUUGAAACUAAAACAAAAUGCUCAGCUGCCAGUUGGAAGGAACUAAUCUGUAUAUAGUAAUGUUCUAUCAUAUUUAAAUUGACGUACCGAUUCGGUAAUUUUGUCGAAAGCAUUAUAUAAAUACCUACAUAUUGGUAGAAGGUGAUUUUAUAGCAGUACUGAGCGAAUCGAGAUUAUAGAACCAAAAAUUGUUACCGUACUAAAAUAUUGCAACUAUGAUACCAUGUGCCAAAAUCUUACACUGCGAACCAAUAAAUAGCGAAUGUUUUAUCCGAA